AGGGGAGGCUGGGGUAUGGUGCAGGGCUGGAGAAUCCUUGGAGUGUUUAAUGAGCAGCUUUCUGCGUUUAUAGAUGAGUUUGACUAAGACUGAAACUGUCUAGAAGAUACAAUAGGCUGUUUCUCACUGGGUUUUAAAAGAGAAUAACUUUGAUCAUUUCAAACGCAAUGAAGCCUGAUGCUCCAGUGAGAAAGGAAAGUGGUAAUUUAUAGCUACCAUUAAGGAAACAAAGACAAAGACUGAGGGAAAGUUUCAUUCUGAAGAUUUAUUAAUGUGUAUAAACCACCCUUACAACUAGAAAUAGCUUGGUAUUUCUCACAGAACGAAACAAAAGACAAAAGACAGUGAACUGGGGAUGGGAGGGAGAAGUGGAAAAGAAUACUGCAUGCUUUGGCUUGUGCCCUGAAAGCUCAAACAACAUUUAGCAACUUACAAUUUCAGUGAAUAAUGGGUAGGCUGCUUUCACCUGCCAAAGGAAGGAAAUCUGUGGGAAAUCCCUGGCUGGGAAAGGAGGUGGGAUGGGGCUUGGGGCUGUGUGAGAAGGGGAAUGCAUGUGCUGCGGUGGGGGGUAAUCACUUAGUAAAGACUAUAAUACUGUGUGUGUGAAGAAAAGCAAGCAAGGCUGGAGUGUGCAGUGUGUGCAUAUGUAUGUGUGUGUGUGUAUAUAUGGGUUAUGACGGGAUGCCGGCACAGGGUAUCUUUGCAUGGGCUUGUCUAGUAGAAAGAGACCGUCUUCCGGGCCGCUACAGGAAGGGGAGCCCCCGUUCAAAUACACUUGCCGCUGGCGCUAACAGGCUGCGUGUGAGGUAUUUCAUGUACCUUGGGGAAGCGCCGGGCUCCCCGGGACAUCUGUGUUUGGGGUGCUGUGCAGGUGUUUGAGCGCCGGUGCCGAGGAUGUGGAUGAGUGUGCUGUGGGGCUUGAUGACUGCCACCCAGAUGCUAUUUGUCAAAACACUCCGAAACUGUACAAGUGCAUGUGCAAAGUGGGUUACACUGGCGAGGGGAAGAAAUGUGAAGACAUUGAUGAAUGUGAUAAUGACUUUAAUGGAGGCUGUGUCCACGAGUGUUUCAACAUUCCAGGAAAUUACCGCUGUACUUGCUAUGAUGGCUUUAUGUUGGCUCAUGAUGGCCACAACUGCCUGGAUACAGAUGAAUGCAUGUACAACAAUGGUGGUUGUCAACAUAUUUGUGUCAACACUGUGGGGAGCUACGAAUGUCGCUGUAAGGAAGGGUUCUUUCUAAGUGAUAACCAGCACACGUGCAUCCACCGCUCAGAAGAAGGUAUGAGCUGCAUGAAUAAAGAUCAUGGCUGUGCCCACAUCUGCAGAGAAACGCCCAAAGGAGGAGUUGCCUGUGAAUGCCGACCAGGAUUUGAGCUGUCCAAGAACCAGAGGAGCUGCAUUUUAACAUGUAAUCAUGGAAAUGGUGGCUGUCAACAUACAUGUGAUGAUGCAGAUAAUGGGCCUAUUUGUGGAUGUCACCCCAAGUACAUCAUGCAUAUAGAUGGGAAAACCUGCUUGGAGAGGGAAGAGACUGCUGUUGAAAUUUCUGAGGGAAACACUACAGCAGGAGCUGAUGUGGACAAGAGGGUGAAGCGACGGUUGCUUAUGGAAACGUGUGCGGUAAAUAAUGGUGGCUGUGAUCGUACAUGUAAAGAUACAUCUACCGGAGUUCACUGCAGCUGUCCUGUUGGGUUCACACUCCAGUUUGAUGGGAAGACAUGUAAAGAUAUUGAUGAAUGCCAGUCCAAUAAUGGAGGCUGUGAUCAUUUCUGUAAAAACACUGUUGGCAGUUUUGAUUGCAGCUGCAGAAAAGGAUUUAAAUUGUUAACAGAUGAGAAGUCUUGUCAAGACAUUGAUGAAUGCUCUUUUGAACGGACAUGUGACCACACGUGCAUCAAUCAUCCAGGCACCUUUGAGUGUACUUGUAACAAAGGGUAUGCUCUCUAUGGCUUUACACAUUGUGGAGAUAUUAAUGAAUGUAGCAUCAACAAUGGUGGUUGCCAACAGCUGUGUGUGAACACACUGGGAGACUAUGAAUGCCUGUGUCACUCUAACUACAAAUUACACUGGAAUAAAAAGGAUUGUGUUGAGACAAAGGGCUCCUUGCCUGAUAAUAUGUCACCCAGGGUAUCGCUGUACUGCAUUAAGAGUGGUGGGAGUGAUAGAUGCUUCUUAAGCUGUUCUUCAGAUGUCCAGGUAUUUUCUGGAGUCUUCAGUCUGUGCACAGUGCUUGUGUCUUUACUGUCUGUCUGUAUGGUCUGUCUGUUAGGAACACAAGAUGCCUACACCUUCACCUGUGGCAGGUCAUCUCAGCUUAAGAAAAAGCAGCAAAAUACAAAUGCAUCCAGCUGGCUGGAUACUUCAGCCAUCAAGAUAAGCGUAACCUUUAAAUUAAAUGAAGGAAAAUGUAGUUUGAAAAAGACUGAGAUGUUUCAAGAAGGUCUGGAACAGAUGAUACCAGAGAGACAUAAUUCAGUAAUGGAGAGUUUCCACUAUGUAAACCUAACAUGCAGCUCUGGCAAGAAAGUUCAUGGAGCCCUCAGUAGACUGACAGCGACUAGAGAAAUUUUUAUCACUGCGGACUUUGAGCUUGAAACAAGCCAAAAGGAGGUGACAGACACAUGUGAUGUGCGCUGUGCUCGGAAAAAGACUGAAAAGAGAUUCCGUAAAACCAUUCGGACCCUACGGAAGACAGUCAGCAGGGACCAGUUCCGCAUUCGCGUCUCUGGCAUGGACCAUGAAGUGGCCAGAAAGUCUCUCAAGCUGUCGGAGCCACAGCAGUCUUGUGGUGUAGGACAGAUGCAUGUGGGUAACAGAUGUGAUCAGUGCUCACCAGGUGAAUAUUCUCCUGACGGCUUCAAACCCUGUCUGCCAUGUCCCCUUGGAACAUAUCAGCCUGAAGCUGGAAGAGUAUCCUGCUUUCCUUGUGGAGGAGGUCUAACAACAAGACACAGCAGUGCAUCCUUUUUUCAGGACUGUGAGACCAAAGUUCAGUGUUCACCAGGACAUUUCUAUAAUACCACAACUCAUCGGUGUAUUCGCUGCACAGUUGGAACAUACCAGCCUGAGUUUGGACAAAAUUACUGCAUUUCAUGCCCUGGAAACACCACUACUGAUUUUGAUGGGUCAACAAAUAUAACACAGUGUAAAAAUAGGCAGUGUGGAGGUGAACUGGGAGAUUACACUGGAUAUAUUGAAUCACCAAACUACCCUGGGGACUAUCCUGCAAACACUGAGUGCACCUGGAACAUUAACCCACCACCAAAACGCCGUAUUCUGAUUGUGGUUCCAGAAAUAUUUCUACCAAUAGAAGAUGAGUGUGGAGACUACCUGGUGAUGCGAAAAAGCUCUUCUUCCAACUCUGUAACCACGUAUGAAACCUGUCAAACCUAUGAGCGCCCUAUAGCUUUCACUUCUAGGUCUAAGAAGUUGUGGAUCCAGUUCAAGUCAAAUGAAGGAAACAGUGCCAAAGGAUUCCAAGUUCCUUACGUAACAUAUGACGAGGAUUACCAAGAACUAAUAGAAGACAUUGUUCGGGAUGGCAGACUUUAUGCAUCUGAAAAUCAUCAAGAAAUACUUAAGGACAAGAAACUGAUAAAAGCACUGUUUGACGUGUUGGCACAUCCACAGAACUACUUCAAGUACACAGCCCAAGAGUCUAGAGAGAUGUUCCCAAGAUCCUUCAUUCGGCUGCUGCGCUCAAAAGUUUCCAGAUUUUUGAGGCCUUACAAAUAGUUGGCACUGUACUUAUAAAACUAACCAGCCCUGGGCAUGCACAGAAGGGUUGUGGUAGGUGGGGCUGCUUUCUGUGUUUUACGCACUGGCAGAGAAACUCCAGGGGAGCUUGCCAGCUCCGUUCUUGGCAGAGUUUGGCUUUCUCAGCUAAUAUAAAUAUUUUGUUGAACAGAAUUUUGAUUCCUUUCCAGAUAAUACCUUUUGGGUACCAAGGAUGCUUCAUGGGUCUCUGAAUUAGAGACUGUCCAUCAUUUCUCUAACUAAAUGGUGCCAAGCAGAAGUUUGUAGAGCUCUGUCCUAUUGCUUCAUCAGCAACUCUAAAAGCUAAUGUGGACAGACAGUCUAAGUAGUGUGGUUUGGGAUGAACUCCUGGGCUGCCAUUAAUGCAUGUUACCUCAACAAAGUUGUGUUCAUGUUUGGUCUUGCUGAAAGUGAGAACAAGAUCGAUGUCUCUCUUAAUUUUUGCUACAAAGGAAAUUCAGAGCUAAGAUUGGAAUAGAUUUAUAGUCCAAACCAAUGAGACCAAGAAUUGCAGGUGGUGUAAUUUUUCUUUGAACUAUAUAUUGUAUGAGGCAAAUGGAGUAAUAAGCAAAGGGUUGAAUAUUAGCUUGAAUGCUCUGGGUCUGGAUAAAACUGUAUUCAUGCUGAUGGUCUAUUGGUUUAAACAGAGUGAUACCAGAAUAAAACCAGGGAACCAGAGUAAUGGAAAACAGACCCUGACCUGCUGGACACUUCCAUUUUGGGCUGGCUGCAGAUGUUACAGCAGAACAGAGUCUUUGCUAAAUCCCAAUGCUCUCCUUGUGCAUAGGGGACAACAAGAGGCAUUGGCUUUUCCAAGUAGUAUAAAAAUUUGCCCUCUGAGCACAUGCAGGUGAACACACAAGCGCCAUUUUAGAUGCAGGCUUUGAAUCGGUUAUGCUUUUGUACAUCACUGUUUAAACUUGUAUAAGGUUCUUAUAUAAGUCUCAAUCCUUAUAUUCCUUAUCUUGUCUGAGCACCUUGCAAUGACCUUGUGGAGCAGAGAAGGAUUGCUUUCCUUGUCUUGCUGGGGAGAAGUAGCUGUACAAAGGUAUUCCUCAGCCAGACUGUGGCCUCAAAGUGAUCUAUGGCAAAAUGCUGUUCAAAAUUCCCAAGCUCUGUGUCCUUUUCCUCAGGUUGUGUCUUAGGUGACAGAAGACUAUACCGAAAGGUCCCGUAGAGAGAGCUACGUUAAUCAAAAUAUUGUCUCAGUGCUUUUCUGUCCACACUUCCAUUACAUCACUGUUCUCUGGCCAUGCAAACCAUUUCUUUGGUGUAAUGUACCUUGUGGGCCUUCUAUCUUGAAGGCAGAUGGCUGCAAUCCUGCUUAUUUGGAAAUGGACUUAUGACUUCUGCCUUUUAGUCACUGGCACUGCCAGUUGGUACCAAACUUCCUUUCUGUGCCCCCUUUAGGAAAGGUACUGAAAUUUCACAGUGUAGCCACGGCCAAUGCUUCCUUUCAAAUCUCCCUGGGUUUCAUUGCAUUAGUAUGUGGUGUUUAACUGUUUUAUGUGAAUAAUACUCUGCCCACAUUGCAACAGAUGAAAUCCUCAUCAAGAGCCAGGGUCUGAAUCUCUUCCCUAUAAUGUUUGGAGCAAACAAAUACUACCAAAUGCAGCCUUGCUGAACUAUUGUGUCAUGGUAGCCCUAUUCUAUGGCAUGUGUGGCAGUGCAACCUCUGACGUGGUAAGGACACGUCUUAAUCAUGCUGUGAUGGGAAGGGACAGUGGCCACAGGCUACAGCUGGGGAGCAUAGCUCCUUGGAGUGGGGUUCAUGUGAUGCUGUGUUUCUUUUGCUACUGCCCUGAAAGAAUUGCCAUGCUGUGGGUGGAGAAGGGAAGUGUCUUGUGUUUCUGCCAGAAGGAUGAGCUGUGUCUUAACUGGCUGCUCUGGGGCUCCUGCUCCAGCUCAAGAGCUGCUUGUGGGUUUGUGUGACACAGUGGUGAGCACCCAUUCCAGGGAUAGGGCUGCCAAGCCUGUAGUAGAGGGGGGCAAAUGGCUUGGGCAGAAGAAGGGAGGAAAGGGGUGAACUAGUAGAACAGAAGGGAAGGAGCCCAAGUCCUUGUGUGUUCCUGCCUGGUGUGGUUCAUCCUGGACAAGGUCCCUGCUGCCAUCAUGGAGAGGGAGGACAGGGGUUAUCUAAAAGAAGGUAGGGGGCAGUGUGAUUGGUGAGAGGAAUGGCUAAGGGAUGCUGAAAGAAGAGGAAUGGUGUUGAGAAAAGCUUGCUACGUCUGUGGAGAAGUGUGUUGUGGUG